GCUUUUUUAAGUGGGUGCUCAGAGGAGGUGACAGAGAAGAAGAUGCCACCUCAGGUAACAGGUGGGGAAACGGAGGCUCUGGAGGGAGCUGGAGAUAGAUGGAGGUGGUGGAGGGUAAAUUGUAAGGCCGUCCACAGGGUGGGGCACUGUAGAUCCGGUGGUCAGGGAGGUCCCCUGCUCUGACGAGGACAAUUGGGCAGAGACCUUGAAUAACAAUAUGAGGACCCUGGGGCCUGGGGCAGCACUGCAGGAGAUUAGCAUGUGAAACUGACACCGGGCUGCGCUGGGGACACGUGGGGGAGGCUGGACCCUGGCCCUGACCUCAGGGGGCUUGUGGGGUGUGUGUGUGUGUGUGUUGGGGGGAGGAGGGGUGGAAGGAGAGGACAGUCAACAAGCAGCUCUCUAUCACGAUGUGGUCGGUGCCAGGAAGAGAGAAAACUUGUUAAGGGUUGGAGGGUGGGGCAGGGUGUCGAUGCCACUUCAAACGGCGACCAGCGAGAGAUGCUUUGAGGAGGGAAGUUCAAGGAGGCCCUAGCGGAGGGAGCUAAGACAGCUGGCUAUUCCGUUUUAAGGGCGAUUCCAGGUCUAGGAGCGGAGUGUGUGGGAUGGCAACCCUCCGUGCAAACUCCCCGCCCCUUAAAGUGGUCAAAAGACCCUCUUGGAUCUGACCCUGUUUUCUCGCAGAACUCAGUCACCCACCCCUGUACUCCCCCACCUUUUUAUUCUUGAAUACACACGCUGGCUGGCUGACUCCUCAGCUCCUGCAGGUGGCAAAUCCACCAUGCCCUUCCCGGGCAUGGGGAGAAAAUUGAGCUCCCUCUCCCCCACCAGUAACCCUGUCCCUUUAGAACCGUGCUUAGCUUUAUUUUGCUCCGUGGCAUUUAUCCUGGAAGACAGUCUGUAUUUACAUAGUUAUCUCGUGGAGCAUCCGUCUCCCUGAAAGAAUAAACUGCCUCAGGCCAGGGAUUACUGUUUUCAUCCCUGCGGUAUCCUCAGUGGUUUGAAUAGAACCCGGCACACAGUAGGCGCUCAAUAAAUGUUUGCCCAGUGACUUUGUAUUGGAAUGCAUUUAAGAGAAUAGUCCCGAUUGCUCUUAGGCGCCCAGUUAGAAACGUGGCCCCUACCAUUUUCUCGCUCGGGGGUGUGUGUGGGCACCCUGUGCCUCAGUUCCACCAGCCCGAACGCAGGAUCAGGAACAGCUGCUUCAACGCGUGCUUGUGUAACCGCGGCAUCGUUAAGGUUUGGUCACUAAGCCAAACGCAGUGGGCACAGCCUUGAUUGAGUUUGGCUGCCGGCGGGGCCCCUACGGGGCCUCGCGUCCUCUCCCGUCAGGCCCCGCCCCCGGUGGGCGGAGCCACGGGCCGGCCCGGCACGUGUAAGAGUUCGCGGCGAGUCGCCGCAGUCACUCACCUGAGCGCCUGGGUCUGAGCGCGCACGGCCCGCGCGUCCUCCGCCCGCCAGCCCGCCAGCCCGCCCGGCCCGUGACCCAUGUCCCGCCGCAAGGCCGGCUGCACGCCCCGCCGAGUGGACCCCGCGCCCGCCGCCACCCCAGGCGACGAGAUGGAGAUGCCAGACCUCGUCAUCGAAGUGAAGCCUGAGCCAGACGCGCGGCCCCUACAAGCCCCGAGGCUGGGGCCCUUCUCCCCGAAGGAAGUGCCCGUGCCUGGGCGGUUCGAGGGCGAGCCCCGCCACUCCCUCGGCCCCGGGCCCGCCGGGGGCCCCCUCCACGCCCUCGGCGCGCGGAACCCGUGGGCGCUGUGGACGCCGCUGAUGCCGAACUCUCCCGACCGCCAGCCCUGGACCGACAAACACCCAGAUCUGUUGACCUGCGGCCGCUGCCGGCAGACCUUCCCGCUGGAGGCCAUCACCGCUUUCAUGGACCACAAGAAGCUGGGCUGUCAGCUCCUCAGAGACCCUAGCCCCUGCCAGGGCUCAGACGGCAAGGACCUGGAGGCCCUGAACUGCCUCCGCUGCGGCAGACAGUUCACGGGCGCCUGGAAACUGCUGCACCACGCCCAGUGGGACCACGGCCUGUCCAUCUACCAGACGGAACCCGAGUCCCCCGAGGCCCCGCUGCUGGGCCUGGCCGAGGUGGCCGCGGCCGUGUCGGCAGUGGCAGGGCCGGAAGCCGAGGCCAAGGGCCCACGGGUGAGCAGCCUCGGCCGGCGGAGCCCCACCUGCCCCGUGUGCACCAAGACCCUCAGCUCCUUCAGCAACCUCAAGGUGCACAUGCGCUCUCACACGGGCGAGCGGCCCUAUGCCUGCGACCAGUGUCCUUACGCCUGUGCCCAGAGCAGCAAGCUCAACCGCCACAAGAAGACCCACCGGCAGCUGCAGCCCCAGAGCCCCUGCACGGACGAGGGCAGCCAGGAGCCUGCCGCCCCUCCAGAGCCCGCUGCCCACGCCGCCGCCCCGGCCAGCACCCUCCCGUGCAGCGGCGGGGAGGGCGCUGGGGCCGCCGCGACGGCAGGGGUCCAGGAGCCAGGGGCGCCUGGUGGCGGGGCUCAGGCAGGUCCUGGGGGCGACGGUUGGGGAGCCAGCACCGAGGAGCGGAGAACUGACCCCAGCAAGAGCCAGAAGGCGUCGCCCAAGAAGGCACCCAAGCCCGUGGGCAAGAGCCGCGGGCCGGGCGGCAGCUGCGAGUUCUGCGGGAAGCACUUCACCAACAGCAGCAACCUGACCGUGCACCGGCGCUCACACACCGGCGAGCGGCCCUACACCUGCGAGCUCUGCUCCUACGCCUGCGCGCAGAGCAGCAAGCUCAACCGCCACCGCCGCAUGCACGGCCUGGGCCCCGGCGGGCCCCGCUUCGAGUGCCCCCACUGCUGCGUGCCCUUCGGCCUGCGCGCCACCCUGGACAAGCACCUGCGGCAGAAGCACCCCGAGGUGGCCGGGGAGGCCUGAGCAGCGGGAGGGCCCUCUGCUGCCCCCGGUGCCGCUGUUCCUGUCGCUUGGGUUGACCUUGUCCUUCCCUCUGCUUCAAGUAAAGCCGCCCCCCUAGUUACA